GUGAAGAGAGCACGUCACGACAAUUCUGUGGAUGUAGCGGAUAACACCAAUUGCAAUAGAGGUGACAGUCAGCCUAUAUCCAGUCCUGGAAGUGAGAUCAGCAGUAACAGUAGUUCACCACAUACCACUACAACUCUUGAACCAUGCCCUCUUACAGCUAGCCAAACUGUUGAUGGUGGUGUGAGUGGUCUAACAGGAGCAGGGGUCCUUGCAGGAUUUACAAACUCAGAUACAUGGGUAAUGUCAAAUGUAUCAGCUGUCAAUGAGACUACAAUUUCCUGCAUUGUUAAACACGAACCCAGCGAGGAGACUGAAAGUUCUGAAGGAGACCAAAUAAAGAACGGAGAUCCCUAUACAACCAGUCAAUAUUCCACAGCAUACACUUAUAACAGAGAAGCUUCCACCUACUCACAAGUGAACCCGUCACCAACUAAUCCCCUCCCCGGGUCACCCGAGGCUGUUACUACAUCCGUUGCCACUAGCGACACAAUGCAGGCUUACCCAGCUAUGGCAGGGCAGGCGGGGCCUAGUGCCUUCCCUGGCAUGCAGACUGCCGGCUACUUCGCUCAGGGCCAGGGAGCCUACGGGGUCUUACCCCAAUCAUACAGUAUGCCAGAAAGUAAAAUCAAACAACAGUCCAGUAGUCCUGUAGUUGGGGGUAGCUACUUACCUUACCCUGGCACAGGCUUUACCAAUGCAGCUCAGACACAAUACCCUUAUGGUACUGGGUUUACAACUUCUAAUACAGCUACCAGUACAACAUGUUAUAACUCACAGACACCCUCUGAAACUAGUGGGCUAGAUUACAGUGCGUACUCGAGUGCAUACACUAGUCAAACUCCUGUAGGGUCAUAUCCUUACCCCUACCAGGGUUACAGCCCUUACAUGGCCACUACUGGGGCCACAACCCUCGGGAUUAGUUCCUCAACUACAGUGCCUUCCACCCAAACAUAUCAACUUCAUGACCUCCCACCGGCACAAACAGGUACUCCAUCUAUCAUACCAGAGAGCAACCAGAUGAUUUCCAGUCCCUCCCCACCUUUGAAGUUAGAAGCUAACGGUCGGGGAACUAGAAACAGAGGACGCAGACAGAAUAACCCAUCCCCAGGGCCAGAGAAUGAUCUAGAACGUGUGUUUGUAUGGGAUUUAGACGAAACAAUCAUCAUCUUUCAUUCACUACUCACUGGCGCAUAUUCACAGAGAUACGGCAAGGACCCACCCUCAGCAGUAUCACUGGGUUUACGGAUGGAGGAGAUGAUAUUUAACUUAGCAGACACUCAUUUAUUCUUUAAUGAUUUAGAGGAAUGUGAUCAGGUACACAUAGAUGAUGUAUCAUCAGAUGAUAAUGGCCAGGAUCUAAGUAAUUAUAAUUUCCAAACUGAUGGCUUUCAUGCCGCUGCUACAAAUGCCAAUCUUUGCCUCGCCACUGGAGUUCGAGGGGGAGUCGACUGGAUGAGAAAAUUGGCUUUUAGGUAUAGACGCAUAAAAGAAAUGCACAAUAGUUAUAGGAAUAAUGUCGGAGGUUUAUUAGGUGUCCAGAAACGAGAGGCCUGGCUUCAACUGCGCUCUGAGAUAGAAGCUCUUACAGACUCAUGGCUUACUCUAGCCCUCAAAUCUCUGAACAUUAUAAACUCAAGGUCAAAUUGUGUGAAUGUGCUAGUCACGACGACCCAGCUGGUCCCAGCCCUGGCCAAGGUUCUGCUAUAUGGACUAGGGGGUGUAUUCAACAUAGAAAAUGUCUAUAGUGCAAAUAAAAUAGGAAAAGAGAGUUGUUUUGAGCGAAUAGUAUCGCGGUUUGGACGCAAAUGUACAUAUGUAGUGAUAGGAGAUGGGAGAGAUGAGGAGGUGGCUUCUAAACAGAUGACAUGGCCGUUCUGGCGGAUAGCAAACCAUUCCGAUCUAGCGGCCCUGCACCAUGCAUUAGACUUGGGCUACCUAUAACCCCUGCAGGGCUUAAAUAUAGAGGGCGCAGGGCUUAAAUAUAGAGGGCUCUAAGAGUCCUUUCUGUCUCACACAGGGCAGACAGUGUUCAGAGAACAUUCAGACACUCAGUGCAAUCAAUGACUCUAGCAUGGAAACAUUGCCCACUUCAUCCUUCUAAAGGUUUGGAGGCAAACUUUGGUUGCCAUAGCAACCCAUGUAAAUAUCCAGAUGUCACUCAUGGAGAUCUUAGUAUUGUGUGUACAGUAUAUUGGACAUGCAUUAUGGUGUCUUGAUGGAUGUGGUGUGAUGUCACAAUGAACUUGCAUUAUGAUGUCACAAUGGCUUAUUGUAACAAUUGAAUGUGACAUUGUGGUAGGGAGUCAAAUUUUAAAAUGGUUUUAUACCAAACAAAGACAAGAUUAUAGAGUACAAAACCACAAUGAACAUAUACAGUGUAGUGCGAUGUCACAAUUACCAUACAGUGUAUAGUCUGAUGUCAUAAUGGAGAUACAGUGUAGAAUGAGGUCAUAAUGACAAUACAAUGUGAUAUCAUAAUGAACAUAUACAUUGAUAACACAAUGGUGCUGCAGACGUCACAAAGGAGGUACUACCUAGGUACCCACCAUGCUUACAUAGCCACCUGAAUUGACCAAUGAGCAUCUAGAAUCUCAAAUUGGAUCACAAAUUGCCAGGUUUAUUGAUGCACCUCCUGUGUAUCACUAGUGAAAAACUCACCAGUAUGUAGAGUAACAAUUAUAUUGUAAAAUUUAUUAUUGACAAUUAUUUCGCAUCAAAGUUCGACAUUGUUUCUGUUGUUUGUAAUAUGCCUGGUCCAGAUGUUAUUUUAGAUAUAUGCCAAAUGUAGAUUCCAGUACAGUUAGUAGGUGCUUUAAUGUUCAAUUAUUUCAUCUAGAUUUUAUUUAAAACCAAAUGUACAGUAACAGUAUGUAUAUCUACAGAAACAUAUUCAAAAUAUGUUAAAUGUUCAACCAUUUACAUUGUACAGUAUUUAUGUACAUGUAAAAUACAAGUUUAAAUGGUGCCUUUGUUGACAAACUAUUUAUAUAUUAUAGUGGUACAAUAGUAUUGAGAGCAUAGAGAAAUGGUUAGUGUCACACACAAGACAAUGAAAUAAACAACAAGUAUAUUUAGAACCCAGUAAAGUCUAAAUGAUAUUAGUACUUGUUAUUCUGUGUUAUGUACAACAGAGUUUUAAACCUGAGACUUACAUAUAUGUUUUUAAAUGUGAAUACCAGAAUUGGUGAAAUAUUGUUAUGGUC